GCCAGUUAAAUAUUAGUCAAAAUCAGCAAGACGACACCGUUCUGGUUUUUGAACCUCCUCCGGUUCUAUCUUCUCUCAUCUCCUCACUCCAUUCACCUUUUCUGUCCUCUGUGACCUGUCCAUUAUUCAGCUAAUGUUUGACCAUAAUUAGAAGGGGUGUAGAUUGUUAAAUCAUCCAUGACUUGCACCAGUAAUUUACAUAUGCUGCUGCAGCUUGACGAAUUAUUAGAGGUGGCAUUUGUUUCUGAACAAUUUGGAAGUUGGGGAAACGUUGGUAAUCCUUGCUUUGUGAUUCUAUGCUUUCAUUAUUUCCGACUGCGUUGGUGGACUUAGAUGGAUGUUCCCUCAGUUGAACUACAUACUGAAAGUCAAAAUGACUUCCCAUUACCAAUGGAGUGGCCAGAUACCGUUAGCUGUAGCGAUCAUAUUAUUGAUAUACCAAUUGCUGAUUCAGCCUCAUCUAAUUCAUCACAUGAUAGAACUUCCAAUGGCUUGGAUGGUUUGCGGGAAGAAUCUGCUAGUGCUAGAACUCCUCUCACCCAUCCAGCAACUUCUUCCAAUGGAUCAAACAACAGAAACUUCUCAUUUGUGAGGAGGGGAGAUGCCCAAUGUCACAGGAGUCCACUAAAUUCUGGUUUAUGGAUUUCUGUUGAACUAGUUCUCACAGUGAGCCAAAUUGUUGAGUCUAUUGUUGUUUUGUCAGUGUACAAUAAGCAUCCACAUACGCCUUUGUUUGAAUGGAUUGUGGGUUAUGCUUCUGGAUGUGUUGCCACCCUCCCUUUUCUAUAUUGGCAUUAUCAUCAAAGUAAUCAUGUUUCAGAACCAGAAUCAGUGCAAUCUCAUAAUCCUUCAGCUCUUGUUAAUGUUCCUAGUGGACCAUUUUCUAUGACAGUUUCUAGAAUUUCAAAGGGGGAGGAUCAACAGGCUGCUGUUACAUCCAAUAGAGGUGGACAACAUACAGUACUUAGUGCAAGAUUCAAGGUACUAGUGGAAUACUUCAAAAUGGCUCUGGAUUGCUUUUUUGCAGUUUGGUUUGUCAUCGGCAAUGUGUCGAUAUUUGGGGGGCAUUCAUCCUCAGAUGCUCCAAACCUGUACUGGUUAUUUAUAAUGUUCCUUAUUCUUAGCUGUAUUGGUUACGCCAUGCCUCUCAUUCUGUGUGCAACAAUUUGCUGCUGCUUUCCUUGUAUAAUUUCUAUCCUUGGGUCAAGAGAGGAUCUGGCACAGACCAGAGGGGCCACAGCAGAAUUAUUAGAUGCUUUACCUACAUACAAGUUUAAGUUGAAAAAUACUAAAAGUGGUAAUGACAGAGAUAGCAGCUCAGGUUCUGGUGAGGGUGGGGUGGUGGCGGCUGGAACAGAAAAGGAGCGUGUGAUAUCUGGAGAAGACGCGGUUUGUUGCGAUUGUUUAGCAAAAUAUGCAAACAAUGAUGAGUUGAAAGAGUUACCAUGUUCUCAUUUUUUUCACAAGGAGUGUGUGGAUAAAUGGCUAAAGAUUAAUGCCUCAUGCCCACUUUGCAAGAGUGAGGUUGGUGAAACAGUUCUUUGUUCAGUUGCUGGCACGCAUACUAGUAUCUUGGGUACUCUCUUUGGGAGUAAUGACGGCUAGCAAAGGGGCGAUGGGAGAGCAGGCAAUAGCUCAAUAACCAGUUAACCACGUUGUUCUAACAUGGAAAAUAUAUAUUGUCAUCCUCUCUGCAUGUGAAUGACAGGCCUACUUAAAAACCUGAAAAUCUCUUGUUGUAUGGUGGAUGAAUUGAUAUUUAGCUUGGGAGAUGCAAGGAAAUUGCCUUUGGCUAAGCACUGUUACAUACGGAUUGUACACUGCACUGGCGGCAUCAUUUGGCUGUCUGGAGAUCUAUCUUGUUGCAUAUUGAUUAAAACAUUUAUGUGUAUCUAAUACCCACGUAAAGAAAUAGAAAUAAAUUAAGAUGGUGGAGAAUUGUAACUU